AUGCCGCGCAACCGCUUCAGAGAGAUUAUGCGACACAUGCGGCAGGUGUACACGAAACAAGAGUACAUCCAGAUCAUCAUGACUCUGGAGGAGUCCGUACAGCAUGUGGUGAUGACAGCCCUUCAGGAGCUGAUGAGUAAAGAGAACAUGGCCCAGUUUGGAGUAGAGCCACCGGGGGACGUAGAAUCACAGUUGAAGAAGGCUCUCGAGGACCUGGCAGAUCUGAUGGCAGAAAAGGAGGAGCUAGCCCAGCGCUGUCAGGAACUCGACGUACAGGUGACGGUCCUUCAGGAGGAGCGGAACAGCUUAUUAGCUGAGAACGACGUGCUGACGGACCGAGCCAAUCAGCUGGACUCGUUUGAUGACCCGAGCACGCCCUCCGGACGGAAACACAGCCAGCUACAGAUACAGCUAGAGACACUACAGGAGGAGAACUUUAGGCUAGAGGCAGCUAAGGAUGACUACCGUAUCCACUGUGAGGAGUUGGAGAAGCAGCUGAUCGAGGUCCAGCAUCGUAACGACGAACUCACCAGCCUGGCAGAGGAGUCACGAGCACUUAAAGACGAACUCGAUAUCCUCAGGAGCUGUUCGGACCAUGCUGUGAAGCUGGAGGCGUCAGUGGAGAAAUACAGGCGUAAACUGGAGGACCUGGGAGAUCUGAGAAGACAAGUCAAACUGCUGGAAGAGAAGAACAUGACCUACAUGCACAACACUGUCAGUCUGGAGGAGGAGCUACGCAAGGCUAACACUGCCCGUGCACAGCUAGAGACAUACAAGAGACAGGUCCAGGAGCUGUACCGGAAGUUGUCAGAGGAGUCUCGGCGGGCAGACAACCUUGCUUACGAAAAGAAGAAGUUUGAAGAGAAACAUGACGCCGUGAUGAGGGAGAAAGAGAGGAUCCUCAUUGAGCGAGACUCUCUGAAGGAGACCAAUGAGGAGUUGCGAUGUAACCAGGCUCAACAGGACCAGCUCCUACAAGCAGGUAGGAUGCCAGCUGGUAGUCCAACCCAUGAUAACCUUGCUGCUGAGAUCCUACCUGUAGAGUACAGGGAGAAGUCUAUCCGGCUCCAGCAUGAGAAUAAGAUGUUGCGUGUGCAGCAGGAGGGAUCAGAGAAUGACAAGAUCUCUGAACUACAGACACUGCUAGAGGUGGCACAAAGAACCUGCUCUGAACUGGACACUGACAACAGGUUAAGCAGGGAGAGGGUCACUGAGCUGCAGCAGCAGGUAGAGGAUUUACAGAAAGCCCUACAGGGCCAGGGAGCCAAGACUGAUGACUCUCACCUGAAGAGGAAACUGGAUGCUCAUAUGGUGCAACUGAACGAGGCGCAGGAUGAGAUCACGAAGAAGAAAGAACUCCUGGAGGACUUGCAGCCAGACAACACACAGACCUCUCUGAGACUGGAUGAGCUGAUGGCUGCUCUGAAGAAGAAGGAUGAUGACAUGAGAGCCAUGGAGGAGAGAUACAAGAUGUACCUGGAGAAAGCACGCAAUGUGAUCUGUGCAUUGGACCCCAAGCUGAACCCUGCCACAGCAGAGAUCGAGGCUCUAAAGAAGCAGCUGACGGACAGAGACAAGAGGAUCCUCAGCCUGGAGAGGGAGUGUGAGCAGGCAAAGCUGAGAGAGUAUGAAGAGAAGCUGAUUGUAACAGCAUGGUACAACAAGAGUCUGAGCUUCCAGAAGCUGGCGAUCGAGGGCCGUCUCGGGGGUCGCUCCACUUCCAUGGUGCCCCCAGGUCAGUCCUUCCUGACCCAGCAGCGCCAGGUCACCAACGCUGCCCGCAGGAACCUCUCUGUCAGCGUGCCUGCCACCACCACUAAGUAGACCUGGGAUGGGUGACUACUGAGGUGGGCCAGCGUGUGUACAGGCUUCUUCUAUUAAUGUUGAACCAUGAUUAGUUCAAUCAGGUGUGUUAGUGCUGGUCUGGAACAAAUGCCUGCUGACACCGCGGCCCUCUAGGACUGGGAUCUCCUACAUCUGACGUAAACAAACAAAUGGCUCCUCUCUAACUCCUUUCCAGAAAUGUACACUCAAGUGACCUUAAGCACAUUAGUUCUCAGUCCCUGGAGAGGGGACAAGCAUGCACUGACUGACUUGAACAUGAGCACUUACUCUAACCAGGUUCCCUCCUCACUGAUACACCAGACGGUAACAGUUAUACUCCUCACUACAGUUUAGGAUGUUUAUUAUCUCCGGUAAUGAGUUUGGUCUGGCAACCCUACCAACAUGCUUUAUUAGCUUAGCACAUAGCCUAGCACAUAACACUGACUGAGCCCUACAAUAUACCUGUGUUAGCCGAGCUAGCAGCAGACUCUGACUAGCAGUGAUUCCUAACCUUGACAUAUCCUGACAUGUACACUGAGUGUACAAAACAUUAAGAACACCUUCCUAAUAUUGACUCCUAUGCCUCCCACAGUUGUGUCAAGUUGAUCUGGAUGUCCUUUUGGUGGUGGACCAUUCUUGAUACACAUGGGAAACUGUUGAGUGAGAAACCCUGCAGCGUUGCAGUUCUUGACACAAACCUGUGCUCCUGGCACCUACUACCAUACCCCAUUCAAAGGCACUUAAAUAUUUUGUCUUGCCCAUUCACCCUCUGAAUGGCACACAUAAACAUUCUAUGUCUCAAGGCUUAAAAAUCCUUCUUUAACCUGUCUCCUCCCCUUCAUACACUGAUUGAAGUGGAUUUAUCAAUAAGGAAUCAUAGCUUUCACCUGGAUUCACCUGGUCAGUCUACAGCUGUGGCCAAAAGUUUUGAGAAUGACACAUAUUCAUUUUCACAAAGUUUGCUGCUUCAGUGUCUUUAGAUAUUUUUGUCAGAUGUUACUAUGGAAUAUUGAAGUAUAAUUACAAGCAUUUCAUAAGUGUCAACGGCUUUUAUUGACAAUUACAUGAAGUUGAUGCAAAGAGUCAAUAUUUGCAGUGUUGACCCUUCUUUUCCAAGACCUCUGCAAUCUGCCCUGGCAUGCUGCCAAUUAACUUCUGGGCCACAUCCUGACUGAUGGCAGCCCAUUCUUGCAUAAUCAAUGCUUUGAGUUUGUCAGAAUUUGUGGGUUUUUGUUUGUCUCCCCGCCUCGAGGAUUGACCACAAGUCCUCAAUGGGUUUAAGGUCUGGGGAGUUUCCUGGCCAUGGUCCCAAAAUAUCAAUGUUUUGUUCCCCGAGCCACUUAGUUAUCACUUUUGCCUUAUGGCAAGGUGCUCCAUCAUGCUGGAAAAGGCAUUGUUCAUCACCAAACUGUUCCUGGAUGGUUGGGAGAAGUUGCUCUCGGAGGAUGAGUUGGUACCAUUCUUUAUUCAUGGCUGUGUUCUUAGGCAGAAUUGUGAGUGAGCCCAUUCCCUUGGCUGAGAAUCAACCCCACACAUGAAUGGUCUCAGGAUGCUUUACUGUUGGCAGGACACAGGACUGAUGGUAGCGCUCACCUUGUCUUCUCCGGACAAGCUUUUUUCCGGAUGCCCCAAACAAUCAGAAAGGGGAUUCAUCAGAGAAAAUAAAUGUUCCUAGUCCUCAGCAGUCCUGUACCUUUUGCAGAAUAUCAGUCUGUCCCUGAUGUUUUUCCUGGAGAUAAGUGGCUUCUUUGCUGCCCUUCUUGACACCAGGCCAUCCUCCAAAACUCUUCGCCUCACUUUGUGUGCAGAUGCACUCACACCUGCCUGCUGGCGUUCCUGAGCAAGCUCUGUACUGGUGGUGCCCCGAUCCCGCAGCUGAAUCAACUUUAGGAGACGGUCCUGGCGCUUGCUGGACUUUUUUGGGCGCCCUGAAGCCUUCUUCAUAAUAAUUGAACUGCUCUCCAUUAAGUUCUUGAUGAUCCGAUAAAUGGUUGAUUUCGGUGCAAUCUUACUGGCAGCAACAUCCUUGCCUGUGAAGCCCUUUUUGUGUAAAGCAAUGAUGACGGCAUGUGUUUCCUUGCAGGAAGAAGGAAGAACAAUGAUUCCAAGCACCACCAUCCUUUUGAAGCUUCCAGUCUGUUAUUCGAACUCAAUCAGCAUGACAGAGUCAUCUCCAGCCUUGUCCUCGUCAACACUCACACCUGUGUUAACGAGAGAAUCGCUGACAUGAUGUCAGCUGGUCUUUUUGUGUCAUUCUCAAAACUUUUGGCCUCGACUGUAUGUCAUGGAUAGAGCAGGUGUUCCUAAUGUUUUGUACGCUCAGUGUGUCAGAGAUAUGUUAGUUAUUCUGUCUAUGGAUGUGCUAAAAACUAUAUUCACAAUUGGAGCUUAUAAGAAAAAUGUGGUCUUAAUUGGCUUAUUUUAAUGCUGAAUAUAGCUGAUAUUAUAAUGUUUUUAUACUACAACAACGAUGAAUGAACUGCACUAUGCAGUUAAAGGAUGUUACAAUCAUCUUAUCAACCAUUGGACUACAAAGAGAGUUUUACCUCUUGUGAUCUUCCUCUUCUGUGUUUCACAAUCACCAGAGUGAAAAUGGAAUUCAGGAGAAAUGGGUGUAUUUGGUGCUGGCAACCAAAAGUUGGUAUUGCAGCACAGAUCGAUCCAUUACUAGUUUCUUACACAAAAGCAGUCUAUACUGCAGACCUGUGUCAACAUCCUGUAAUGCCAUACUGACACAAGCAUCUCUGGUGCGGCAACAACAACUAAUCAUUCAAUCAACUCAGAAAUCCAGGACUUUUUAAUGGUGUUUAUUUUUGAUACUGUGAUCUAUCGGAACACUGUUGGGCUUUUACAGUGCCUGCAGAAAGUAUUCAUCCCCCUUGACCUAUUCUACAUUUUGUUGUGUUACAGCCUGAAUUCAAAAAUGUAUUUAAAAAACACACAUUACCCAUCUACACACAAUAGCCCAUAAUGACAAAGUAAAAAAACAGGUUUUUAGAAUUUUGUAAAUAUAUUGAAAUUUAAUUUACAAAUAUUACAGUGGUGAGUCUUUCUGGGUAAGUCUCUAAGAGCUUUGCACACCUGGAUUGUACAAUAUUUGCUCAUUCUUUUUAUUUUUUAUUCUUCAAGCUCUGUCAAGUUGGUUGUUGAUCAUUGCUAGACAGUCUAGCCAUAGAUUUUCAAGCAGAUUUAAGUCAAAACUGUAACUACUCAGGAACAUUCAAUGUCGUCUUGGUAAGCAACUCCAGUGUAUAUUUGGCCUUGUGUUUUAGGUUAUUGUCCUGCUGAAAGGUGAAUUUGUCUCCCAGUGUCUGUUUCUGUAAACCAGGUUUUCCUCUAGGAUUUUGCUUAUGCUUAGCUCUAUUCUUUUUACCCCAAAAAACCUCCCUAGUCCUUGCCCAUGACAAGCAUGCGUAUAACAUGAUGCAGCCACCACAAGGCUUAAAAAUAUGAAGUGUGGUACUCAGUAAUGUGUUGUGUUGUAUUUGCCCCAAACUUAACGCUUUGUAUUCAGGACAUGAAGUUAAUUUCCUUGCCUCAUUUUUUGCAGUUUUACUUAAGUGCCUUAUUGCAAACAGGAUGCCUGUUUUGGAAUCUUAUUAUGUACAAACGUCCUACUUUUUAGUUUUCUCCUAUCACAGCCAUUAAACUCUGUAACUGUUUUAAGUUAACCAUUGACCUCAUGGUGAAAUCCUUGAGCGGUUUCCUUCCACUCCGGCAACUGAGUUAGGAAGGACGCCUGUGUCUUUGCAGUGACUGGGUGUAUUGAUACACCAUCCAAAGUGUAAUAACUUCACCAUGCUCAAAGGGAUAUUCAAUGUCUGCUUUUUUUUUUUUUACCCAUCUACAUAUAGGUGCCCUUUGUGACGCAUUGGAAAACCUCAUUGGUCUUUGUGGUUGCAUCUGUGUUUGUAAUUCAAUGCUCAACUGAGGGACCUUACAUAUAAUUGAAUGUGUGGGGGACAGAGAUUAGGUAGUCAUUCAAAAAUCAUGUUAAACACCCUUAUUGCACACAAUGGGUCCAUGCAAUUUAUGUGACUUAACUAAAUGUUUACUCCUUAACAUAUUUGGGCUUUCCAUAACAAAGCGGUUGAAUACUUAUUGAGUUAAGGCAUUUCAACUUUUCAUUUUGUAUUAAUUUGUAAAAAUGUCUAAAAAUAUAAUUUCACUUUGACAUUAUGUGUAUGCCAGUGACAGUCUCAAUUUAAUCAAUUUUAAAUUCCGGCUGUAACGCAACAAAAUGUGGAAAAAGUUAAGGGGUGUGAAUAGUUUAUGAAGGCACUGUGUCUUGUGUCUGGCUGAGUAGAAGGGAAUCAACAGUAUAAUAAUCUAUACAGCACUACUGUAAUCAGGGCAUCAACAGUAUAAUAAUCUAUACAGCACUACUGUAAUCAGGGCAUCAACAGUAUAAUAAUCUAUACAGCACUACUGUAAUCAGGGUUCCAACACCAGAGUGGGAUUUUAGAACUGCUUUCACAGACCCCCGAUUUGUUAUUGUUGUGCUAUGAAAUAUUGAAAUGUGGAUGAACUAAACCAGAAUUAAACCUUGUCCUGGAUGUAUUUAAUCUGCAUUUGUGAAACAAGCUCCUAGAUGAAAUAUUGUUCCUCUCUGAUGAAGCAAAAACGCAGUGACAACUUUUGAAUUUCUUACAAAUGUGUUUGGGCAUGUUGGCCCUCUAGGUUGCACUGGGAUCUCUGAAUGAAACAUGAAAAGCUCUGUAAAAUAGCUAUCAAUUGAUUUGAUCAUUUUCUACAAUCCCUACUGGUUUGGAUUCUUAGCCUUGUAGUGAAGCUUAACAUAGCUCAAAGCUAGCAGUUAGCUAGAUGUUGGAUUUGCUCUUUUGUGGGAAAUGUGAUAUUCCAGUAUGUCAUGUGAUGCUUCUUACGUUAUGUACACACACAUACUACAUCUAAAACAAUGUGGUAUCUGGACUCGUGCCUCUAGGUCAAAUCACAUUUUAUUGAUCACAUACACAUAUUUAGCAGAUGUUAUUGUGGGUGUAGCAAAAUGCUUGUGUUCCUAGCUCCAACAGUGCAGUAGUGUAUAUAACAAUACACACAUCUUAAAGUAAAAUAAUGGAAUUAAGAAAUAUAUAAAUACUGGGACGAGCAAUGUCAGAGUGACAUUGACUAAAAUACAGUAGAUGUAUAUACAGUUGAAGUUGGAAGUUUACAUACACCUUAGCCAAACACAUUAAACUCGAUUUUUCACAAUUCCUAACAUUUAAUCCUAGUAAAUGGUCUUAGGUCAGUUAGGAUCACAACUUUAUCUUAAGAAUGUAAAAUGUCAGAAUAAUAGUAGAGAAAUUUAGUUCUUUCAUCCCAUUCCCAGUGGGUCAUAAUUUUACAUACACCCAAUUCGUAUUUGGUAGCGUUGCCUUUAAAUUGUUUAACUUGGGUCAAAUGUUUAGGGUAGCCUUCCACAACAUUCCAACAAUAAGUUGGGUGAAUUUUGGCCCAUUCCUCCUAACAGAGCUGGUGUAACUGAGUCAGGUUUGUAGGCCUCUUUGCUCGCACACACUUUUUCAGUUCUGCCCACAAAUUGUCUAUGGGAUUGAGGUCAGGGCUUUGUGAUGGCCACUCCAAUACCUUGACUUUUUUGUCCUUUUUUGCAAUUUUGCCACAACUUUGGAAGUAUGCUUGGGGUCAUUGUCCAUUUGGAAGACCAUUUGUGACCAAGCUUUAACUUCCUGACGGAUGUCUUGAGAUGUUGCUUCAAGAUAUCCACGUAAUUUUCCUCCCUCAUGAUGCCAUCUGUAUUGUGAAGUGCACCAGUCCCUUCUGCAGCAAAGCACCCCCACAACAUGAUGCUGUCACCCCCCUCUUCGGCUUGCAAGCCUCCCCCUUUUCCUCCAAACAUAAUGACAUUAUGGCCAAACAGUUCUAUUUUUGUUUCAUCAGACCAGAAGACAUUUCUCCAAAAAGUACAAUCUUUGUCCCCAUCUGCAGUGGCAAACUGUAGUCUGGCUAUUUUAUGGCGGUUUUGGAGCAGUGGCUUCUUCCUUGCUCCGUGGCCUUUCAGGUUAUGUCGAUAUAGGACUCGUCUAACUGUGGAUAUAGAUACUUUUGUACCUGUUUCCUCCAGCAUCUUCACAAGGUCCUUUGCUGUUGUUCUGGGAUUGAUUUGCACUUUUCGCACCAAAGUACAUUAAUCUCUAGGAGAUGGAACACGUCUCCUUCCUGAGCGGUAUGAUGGCUGCAUGGUCCCAUGGUGUUUAUACUUGCGUACUAUUGUUUGUACAGAUGAACGUGGUACCUUCAGGCGUUUGGAAAUUGCUCCCAAGGAUGAACCAGACUUGUGGAGGUCUACAACUUCGUUUCUGAGGUCUUGGCUGAUUUCUUUUGAUUUUCCUGUGAUGUCAAGCAAAGAGGUACAUAGUUUGAAGGUAGGCCUUGAAAUAUAUCCACAGGUACGCCUCCAAUUGACUCAAAUUAUGUCAAUUAGCUUAUCAGAAGCUUCUCCAGCUAUGACAUCCUUUUCUGGAAUUUCCCAAGCUGUUUAAAGGCACAGUCAACUUAGUGUAUGUAAACUUCUUACCCACUCGAAUUGUGAUACAGUGAAAUAAUCUGUCUGUAAACAAUUGUUGAAAAAUUACUUGUGUCAUGCACAAAGUAGAUGUCCCAACUGACUUGCCAAAACUAUAGUUUUUUAACAAUUUGUGGAGUGGUAGAAAAACGCAUUUUAAUGACUCCAACCUAAGUGUAUGUACAUUUCCGACUUCAACUGUAAGGAAAUAAGUGAAACAGUAUGUAAACAUUAUGAAAGUGACUGUUCCAUUUUAUUAAAGUGACCAGUGAUUCCAUAUGGUAGCAGCCUCUAAGGUGCAGAGAUGAGUAACCGGGUGGUAGCUGGCUAGUGAUGGCUAUUUAGGUUCUCUUGCAGUGGAUGGUACUUGUACACCUACUGAUUAUUCACAUAUACAAAACCAUGUAUACAGAGAUCAGCGCAGCACUAGGCAAUGAGAUUGCAACAAAGCUGUUCAGAUAGUACUCAUUGAUUGUGUUAGUGGAAGAAUAAGGAAGUGUGAAUUAUGAAAUGAAAAAUAAGCCUUUGGUUUUCAUGUAUUGCAAAGAAUAAACACAUAAAUGUCUUUU